CAGAGGGACGCGCCGUCGCGGAGUGAUGACGUCACGUUGCCGUAGAAACAGCGCACCGUCUGUUUGCUGCUCGAAGUGAGCUGCUAGCUUGAAAGCGUUACUUUUUUUGUUUUUAAUCCCCUUUGAAACGACGACGAGUCAGUGCGAAGGCCGUUUAGUCGCCUCACAUCACGUCUCGUUCAAAUGAUCGUUAAUUAACUGAUAGUCAGCCGAAGCUGAAACGACGAACAAGUCCGGAGGCCACGCGCUGCCGCCAGGUCCACCAGGUGUGACGACGAGCUGUGCGAGCCGUCAGGUUCGGUGCCUGUGCAGGGGAGAUGGAGCCGGCGGAGGAGCUGAAGAGGCAGCUGGAGGAGGAAGACCUGAACCCGGAGCAGAAAAUCCGUCUGCUGAACAGCGGCUUAAACAGGGCUCUGAACAUGGCGGCGGUGCACACUGACGGAUCUGUGUUGGCUCGUGUGCGGUCUCAGCUGUACCUGAGCGGCGUCCUGAGUCACUGCGUCGUCCUCCUGUCUCAGCCUCCCACGAGGCUGCAGGAGGACUGGAGCGCCGCCGCCACGCUCGCGCGGCUCACCAGUUCCUGCUGUGUGGGGGUGGAACCUGGUCAACAUUCUGAGGCCUUUCAUAGGCUGUUCCUGCCGUCAGUUAUGGACGGCCUGCUGUCAUUGGCCAGCCAGCUGAUGAAGCGGACGGAGUGUGCGUCUCUGUUCAGGACAGUGAUGGACGCCGUCGGCUGGCUGCUCAGAGCUCACGCUCAGCUCGCCACACAGGUUCUCAGCUCUGUCCACUAUGAGCAGAUCCAGAUGUGUGAUGAUGUCUCUGUGUCUCUGCUGUGUGUCCAGCUGUGGAUUCAAACCUGUACAUCCAGCAGGGACUUUGUCUCUGGGUUGAACGAUGACUCCGUCCUGCUACUGCUUAACGAAGCUGUCUGCCAGUUAGCUGUCAGCGGUGACUCUGCUGUGGGCGGAGCCUCCAUCAGACUGAUCCUCCUCAUGGCCAAUCAGCAGGAGCGCCGCGUCCAUCCCCUCCUCCUCACCUUCAGAGGUCUGGACAGCCUAUUGGACAAAGACUGGAGGGGGCGGGGCUUUGACCAGGACGUGGAUCAGCUGAUCACCUUCAUCCAAUCUGAUAAAGACCCAGUGAAUCACUCUGAGGCAUCUACUGAGCGUGUGCAGGCGGCGUGUGUGAUCCAGGCGGCCUGGAGGUCGUAUCAGACCAGACGCAGAGUGAAGAGCCUCAGCAGAGCCGUCAGCACGCUGCAGAGGAGAUACAGGGCUUGGAGGAGACAGCAGCAGCAGCACAGGGAGGCACAGCGAUGGGAAGAGGAGUUGAAGUAUCAGGUGUGUGUGAGGCGUCAACAGGCGAGGAGGAAGUUCCACCAGAAACAGCGACAGCUUCUGCAGUUACUUCCUGCUGACCAGGUGCACUCCUACCUGCAGGAGUGUGAGCGGCGUGCAGCCGUCGUGAUCCAGAGCUGCUGGAGAGGAUUCAGAGAGAAACGACGCUACAAUAACACACUGAGACACACACACACACGGCAGCAGGCUGCCAGGACGCUGCAGAGAGCGGUGCGUCACUUUCUGCAGAAACGACGAGCUGCAAAGGCCCCGCCCAUCACACCUUUCUGGAUUGGUGAGAGAGGUUUGACGGACAGUCGGAGGGUGGAGCUAAAGAGACAGGUGGAGGAAUACAUCUCCCUGCAUCCUUCCUCCUGCGUGUCCCCUCAGGAGUGCGAGCGUCUCCAUGAGGAGGUGCAGCUGCUGCUGCUGUCGGAGCUGCAGAGAGGAGGUCAUCAGAUGACGGAGGAGCAGAGGGUGGAGGCUCUGCUGGCUCACACACACACACAGCUGGAGAUGCUCCGAGAUGCCCCGCCUCUCUCUGCUGUCACGACAACAGUCGCCGAGUCCUUUCUGAGCCCCUCAGGUCCCAUCGCCACUCGUGCCCGUGACGCCCACAAUGCAAUGCUGCAGGCGUGCCGGCUGCCGUGGUGGAGGACGCUGGGAGAUACAGCUGGAGUUGACACGUUUAGCCCCGCCCACCUGCAGGAACUGGAGGCGGAGCUUGAAGGACUGUUUGUAGGCGGGUCGGCGGGGGCCAGCUGACUCCUUCAGUUGGACAGAAUAAACCUUUAAGGAAUGAUCUCAUGAACGUUCAGGUGCUUCCUGCUCGCUCGUGGAUCUGCUCAUAUUUGUGAGAUUUUGGCUCACAGAGACAAUCUUUGGACCUUUCCUCUAUGACUCUAUGAGGACUGAAUUGUCCACUAUGUCCUCCUGUAGGCGGCGCUGUCAGAUGUUUUUGAGUAUUAAAUAGUAACAUUCUA